GUGAGACUCGUGUUGAAUCAGGUAGCGAUAGGUUCGCAGAUAUCCCAACGCUGUUCUUGGAAUGGCGUCUCGACGGCCACCGAGACAAGUGGAUUGAUUCACAAGAAACAUUUCCCAGAAUCUAUACGAGAGCAGGUAUUUGGGCAGAGGCUCGAUGUAUAUUCGAUCGUAGAACCAAACUAAAUGGAGACGAGGUUCUUCGGUGAUGAUGAUCUCCCGACCUUUCACACGCUGUCGAUGCAAUGGGUUGACAUUACUGCUCGAGUAGGUUGACAUGACCCAAAGAUGCAGGGCAAAGGCCUCCAGGUCCUUGCUCCAGAAUUCAUCAUCAAGGAACUGCGCUAUCCUAGGAAGGUCGUUGAGCAUGAAACAAGGAUGCCCAGGGAGAAAGGGAUUUGUUUGUGCUAUGUCAUCUUCAGCCUCAAGAUCGGUACAUAGCUGCUAGCAUUGAAGAAAUGGGGGCGACUCAGGAAUGCGUUCCAUUGUAGAUAGGAGGAGGGAUGGAUCAAGAAGUUCAUCUUCUGAAAUAAAUAUUCCAUGGGCUGGCUUUAGGCAGAAUGGGCUGGGGGCGGCUCAGCCUCAAUUUGUGCUCCAGUUGACCUUUUCAGCUACAGGCUGCAGGCUGCAAAUGGUGCAAAGUUGGCCAUCCUUUAUUACUACCAUCUUUCGAUUAUCAUCAAACACCCAUCUCUGAUUAUCUCAAUCUCCAAUUCAGUCACUCAAAACAUUGUUGAUUGCUACUAUGGUAUGCCCUAGUCUGAUAUCAGCAGACGAGUAUGCUAAUUGAUCAAGGUUCGGCCCGUGACGGACGACGACACAGGGCUUAGGACUCUGUACGAACCCGCAGUGGAGACAGCUGGAGGCCAAACACCCAUUGUUGAGUACGCUGCCUUCGUCCUCGGAUUUUUCCAUUCUCUAAUACCUUAUAGUAUCGUCGCCAUCCAUGGCAUCGGUUCCCACCCUAACGAUACCUGGUGCAAGAGUGUCGGCACACCCGAAGCGCCAUCCUAUGUCAACUGGCUCAAGGAUGCAAAUAUGCUGCCGUCAGUGGUACCAGCCGCUCGGAUAAUGCAGUACGGGUACAUGUCCCGAUGGUUUGGGGACGAGGCUAUUCGCCAGAAGACAACUACCGUUGCGGAACGUUUGCUUAUCUCCUUGAAACGCGCAAGAAAGGUAAGCUGUUAUACUGCCUAACUUAAUUCAAAGUACUAAUUUUGUUUCUAGGGCACUGCUCUCCAAUCGCGGCCUCUCAUUUUCGUUGCUCACUGUUUUGGCGGACUGGCCAUUUUACAGGUUUGCACGCCGAACUUGUACGAAAGGACUGCCAGCUAAAACACUACAGGCACUUCUGAAUGCAGAACGUUUUCCCGACGAAUGGCCUGGAAUAUAUUCUGCUACUUGUGGUAUAGUGUUUCUUGGUACCCCUUUCAGAGGGGCCCCUGGAUUAACACUGAGCGAACUUCUUAAGGCGGUCGAUGCGGAAUACCAAGAUACAAUUCAAGGAGAAAUCUUACGAAUACUUGAUCCUAAUGACGAAUCGCUACUUGAGAUGGUACAUGUCUUUGAGAAGAUUCAGGCAAAGUCACUACAGAGAGCCAAGAUGACAUGUUUCUUUGAGCAGAAGCCAUGUAAUGUCAAGGCUAUCUUGGGCAAAGAAGAGAAGAAGGUAUGUUACAUCUGAACCUGGGGAAGCUCUGAGGCUAACUAGGAUAGUCAUUCGCAGUUUCAGAAGGCUCUGGCUGCCUUGGCUCAGCGCAGAAAAUCGGUCUCCAGCGGAAUCAUUUCGACAUGAACAAAUUUGGGAAGCCUACAGAUGAGGAAUAUCAAACGGUGUGCGAUGCCAUAAUUGAUAUUGUAGAUGCUAUCCCGAGUAUGACCACGUUAAAAGGAGGUCAAAGGCACGAUGAGCGACAAGAACCCGCGCCUAAUACGUCCAAUACGUCCAAUACGUCCAAUACGUCCAAUACGUCCAAUACGUCCGAGAGAAAAAAAAAUCAAACGCUGACAGAUAACGCCUUUAAGCGGAAAUUAGCACACAGCGAUUAUACUAUCGCGUGCAUCUGUCCUAUGGGCGUCGAACUGACCCCGGUCAUGGCAAUGCUAGAUGAGGAGCACCAGAGUCUGCCGACAAAUCGUGACCAGAACAGUUACACACUCGGAUGUAUAGGAGAGCAUAACAUUUUUAUUGCGGUUAUGCCAGAGAUCGGCAAUAACAAGGCAGCAACAGUCGCAACACAGCUGCUAAACGACUUUACAUCGGUCAGGUUUGGCUUAUUAGUAGGCAUUGGAGGUGGUAUACCCGGCGACGACGAGGACGACAUUCGACUAGGAGACAUCGUGGUUAGCAAGCCAACGGCAACAUUUGGGGGGGUUAUGCAGUUCGACAGGGGGAAGAUGAACACCAAUGGAGCAUUUGAACGCACGGGAGCGUUGAAUAAACCUCCCCCUGUGCUUAUGGCAAAUGUGCAUAAGCUAGCGGCAGAGCAUAGAAUGCGUGGUAGCCAAAUCCCUACAUAUCUAUCAGAGAUGUUCAAGAUCUUCCCAAGAAUAGCGGCUGAAUAUGCUUCCCCGGAAAGCCAGCAAGAUCAGUUGUUUGAUGCUUCUUAUUCUCACGUCAGCGGAAACAGCUGUCGGUCAUGCGAUCAAACUAAAAUCGUUGAGCGUGAUCCGCGAAAGGACACAACACCUAUAAUCCACUACGGUACUAUUGGAUCUUCCAACACACUUGUCAAAGACAGUAAGACAAGAGACAAAUUAAGGAAGGACCUAGGGAUCAUUUGUGUAGAGAUGGAAGCAGCAGGACUAAUGGACGAUUUUUCUUGCAUUGUUAUUCGUGGAAUUUGUGACUAUGCCGACUCUCACAAAAACAAGAAAUGGCAGCCAUAUGCCGCCGCUACAGCCGCCGCCUACGCAAAGGAGCUUCUCUUAACCAUUCCAUCACGGGGGGUGGCUACGACAGCCACAGCAGCGUAUGCUCUCGGAGGUAUGUCAUCCGACCUCUAAUAUUAGGUCUCCUGGUAGUUUUAGGCAGCUCUUUAUUUAAUAUACCAAGUUAUCACUGUUUCUCUUUUUCAUAGCGUAUUCUAGGUGUUGAAUAUUCAUAGACUGUGGAAGAAGGUACUGAUUCUAUUCCCCACUUAGCAGAUGGCCAGUGGCUCGUUCCAUUUGGACGUAACAAGAACUUUGUUGGUCGUGAAUCUCAACUCGAAGAACUUGUAGCUAUAUCCAACCCAGAGAAUAACAAGGAGAACUGUCAAAGAGUAGCAGUAACAGGACUCGGUGGAAUAGGGAAGACACAACUUGUUCUUGAGACUGCCUUUCGGAUCAAGGAAUUGUUUCCCUCUUGCUCUGCAUUCUGGGUGCCUGCUAUCGAUAUAGCCAGUUUUGAAAAGGCCUAUCGUGAGAUUGGAGUAAAACUUGGGGUUCCUGGAAUCGACGACGAUAAGGCCGAUAUCAAGCUACUAGUCCAGAGGGCAGGGAUCAUUUGUGUAGAGAUGGAAGCAGCAGGACUAAUGGACGAUUUUUCUUGCAUUGUUAUUCGUGGAAUUUGUGACUAUGCCGACUCUCACAAAAACAAGAAAUGGCAGCCAUAUGCCGCCGCUACAGCCGCCGCCUACGCAAAGGAGCUUCUCUUAACCAUUCCAUCACGGGGGGUGGCUACGACAGCCACAGCAGCGUAUGCUCUCGGAGGUAUGUCAUCCGACCUCUAAUAUUAGGUCUCCUGGUAGUUUUAGGCAGCUCUUUAUUUAAUAUACCAAGUUAUCACUGUUUCUCUUUUUCAUAGCGUAUUCUAGGUGUUGAAUAUUCAUAGACUGUGGAAGAAGGUACUGAUUCUAUUCCCCACUUAGCAGAUGGCCAGUGGCUCGUUCCAUUUGGACGUAACAAGAACUUUGUUGGUCGUGAAUCUCAACUCGAAGAACUUGUAGCUAUAUCCAACCCAGAGAAUAACAAGGAGAACUGUCAAAGAGUAGCAGUAACAGGACUCGGUGGAAUAGGGAAGACACAACUUGUUCUUGAGACUGCCUUUCGGAUCAAGGAAUUGUUUCCCUCUUGCUCUGCAUUCUGGGUGCCUGCUAUCGAUAUAGCCAGUUUUGAAAAGGCCUAUCGUGAGAUUGGAGUAAAACUUGGGGUUCCUGGAAUCGACGACGAUAAGGCCGAUAUCAAGCUACUAGUCCAGAGGGCUUUAAGUGAGAUGACUAGCAGCUGGCUGAUGAUUAUCGACAAUGUAGAUGAUAUAAGUAUACUCUACUCAGACAUAUCCCGGCUAGUCGAUUACCUUCCUUUUAACCAGAAUGGUUCAAUCCUUCUUACGACUCGGAACUUUGAAAUUGCGACCAAAUUUUCAGAAACAGAUGUUAUUACUGUUGAAGAAAUGUCUGAUAAUGAGGCUCAAGAUCUUCUACAGAGGAGUCUGGGUACCAAGGUCCAGGCAGAUGAAAGAGAUGAUAUGCGAAGGCUUCUCCAGCUUCUUACUAAUCUUCCUCUUGCAAUCAAACAAGCAGCGGCAUUUAUGAAAGGAAAGAAGAAGUCUAUCUCUACAUAUCUGAGAGUAUAUUCGGCCAGCGACGGGGAACUUAUUGAAAAUCUGACUCUGAAUUUCGAAGAUCAGGGUAGAUAUAAAGGAUAUAAGAACGUACGAAAUCCUAUCGCAGCAACUUGGUUAAUUACAUUCGAAGCGAUUGCGAAAUCUGAUCUUGCUCACCAAUAUUUAUGCUUCAUGUUUUGUGUCGCUGCAAGGGAUAUUCCCCGCUCACUCUUGCCGCCAGCCUCAGAUCGAGAACAAGAGGACGCGACUACUCUUUUGGAACAAUAUGCAUUCAUCACCCCGCGAAAUAUGGGCGCAUCCUAUGAUAUGCAUCGGCUGGUUCACUUGGCAGGGCAGAAUUGGCUAAAGUCACAGGAGAGUUGGACUUUGUGGAGUACAAAAUCGCUUAGCCAAGUUGUUAAU